GGCUCACAAAACGCUCGCGCAUUUGCGAUCUGGUCUUCCAUCCAAGCUACUGUGUGUGCAUGCUGUAGUUUAGUGUUUUUAGCCAUUAUAUAUAUUUCAGUUUAGAAGUGCACUUAACCCUUUAAAAUAGAAUAUGUUGUGCUAAUGAUAUUUUGCGUGCUGCUAAGAUGGCAAUGCGUUGGGUUCAGCAUGUCGAAGGAGGCCCUAGGAGAGUGAACCACGCUGCUGUCGCUGUUAGAGAAAGAUUUGUCUUCAGUUUUGGUGGAUACUGCACUGGUGAAGACUAUUUCUCCAUCCACAAGCUAGACGUUCACGUAUUUGAUAUCGUGACUUGUAGAUGGACAAAGCUUCAGACUCCUUCUGAAGAGGAUCCCUGUGAGUGCACCCCCUAUAUGCGAUAUGGGCACAGUGCAUCUAUUGUAGAUGACACAGUCUAUAUCUUCGGUGGAAGAAGUGAUGUCCAGGGUGCUUGUAAUACACUCUAUUGUUUUGACACAACAACGUUAACAUGGUCAAGACCACCAACAAAAGGAAAACCUCCUGCUGCCAGAGACGGCCACACUGCCUGUGUCAUUGGAAAGAAGAUCUAUAUAUUUGGUGGUUAUGAGGAGGAGGGGGAAUGUUUCUCCAAUACUGUGGAGUACUUGGAUACUGAGAGUCUCACAUGGUACAGAUGUAAAAUAAAAGGGUCCCAGUCUCCUGCAAGCUGGAGGGACUUCCACACAGCAACUGCUAUUGGCACAGACAUGUAUAUAUUUGGUGGAAGAGGUGAUAUGUUAGGACCCUUUCACUCUGGCCAGGAGGUUUAUACAAACACAGUUUCCAUUUUUAAUACAGAAGAAUGCUCAUGGCAUAAUGCCAGUCCUUCUGGAGAUGUUCCAAUUGGACGACGUAGUCACUCAGCAAUAUGCUAUGAUAACUGCCUCUAUGUGUUUGGGGGCUACAAUGGUCGUCAGCGUGAACACUAUAAUGACAUAUAUCGCCUGGACACCAAGUCUCUAGUGUGGGGUAAGGUGGAUGUCCCAGGCGUUCCUCCGUGUCCGCGGCGACGCCACUGCUGGUGUCUACUGGGUUCCACUAGUGUCAUUUUUGGAGGAACAAGUCCAAUUGCUGGGUCCACCACAGAUGACGAAUUUAGUUUACAGGAUCACUCUGAUCUCUAUGUUCUUGAUUUUGACCCAACCUUGAGAACUUUGUGUAAGAUUGCUGUCCUUCAACACAAACUAGAUAUUGGCGUGUUGCCAAAAGUAUUAAGAAUGGAAUUGAAGACAAUGGAAUCUGUACUUGGCACAGAGCGAUCCUCUCAUGGAUAGCUAAAUUUUAUUAGUUCUAUUUUUAGACAUAA